AUUCUAACACCGAGGAAUGCGUCACUGACCACUGUGAUGGCAAACCCGAUGGAAACUACCCAACAUGCACCAGGCAAUGUGAAGCCGGCUUUUACUUUACAUGCUCAAAUGAAAUCCUUCAUAGAAGGAUGUGCCCCAAGGGCUGGUACACGGCUCUCAACGGGACCCGGUACACAGCUCCCAUGUUGUAUGUUCCUGAGGUCGAUUCCUGCCAGCUUGAGGCCAGCUACUGCACAGUCAACAGACUCUUGUAG